AUGAGCGAGGAGUGCCAAAAGUAUUCAGACGUUGUCAAACUAUGUAAUCUGCUCAAAGACGGAGCUAACAGAUUGCUUUUACAAGACUGUCCAGAAGAGAUAUCAGUCUAUGGUAUUCUUGUUGGUGAGUCACAAGGCUACUGUAUAUUCAAUGGACUUGACGUAUACGCACAUGUGUGCAGGCUGUAUGAGUUGGGGGAAUUUUUAAUCCCUUACACAUUGCUUGAUCUGUGUCAACUUGACCACAUGUUUGAUACUCUGAUCAGUUUACAAGAACUGUUGGGCAAGUCAAGUCACCGAUGCUAG